ACAAACAUACAGACAUGGAUACCAACCAAAGAGCUGCCAUGUUUGUGUUUAUCACUUGCUCUGCAUUUCUCGUCCUCUCUUCUCCGCCCUUAGCCGCCGCCGAAUGCAUAAGAAACCCCGUUAUCUUCAACUUCGGCGACUCCAACUCAGACACCGGCGGUUAUCCCGCCGCGCACGGCAACAUUUUCGGAUACCCCGACGGUCGUACGUUCUUCCACCGAUCUUCCGACCGACUCUGCGAUGGACGUUUGAUUAUCGAUUUCCUAUGUGAAAAUGUGAAGGCAGACUACUUGUCUCCAUAUUUGGAAGCGCUUACCCCAAGUUUCAAAAAUGGAGUUAAUUUUGCAAUAGGUGGCUCACAGACACUUCCUAAAUUUGUUCUUUUCAGUUUGAGCACUCAACUUCUUCAAUUCAACCGUUUUCGCACCCGUUCUCUUGAAUUUCACUCAAAAGGGACGAACGGCAUGCUUGGAGAAGAGGACUUUGAGAAUGCAUUAUAUAUGAUAGACAUAGGGCAAAAUGAUAUUGCGGGUGCCUUUUCCUACCUCUCUAAAGCUCAAGUCAUUGAAAAAAUUCCUUCUUUCAUUUCUGAAAUCAAAGAUGCUGUUUGGGCAAUAUACAAAGUUGGUGGGAGGAAAUUUUGGGUGCACAACACUGGACCAGUGGGUUGUCUACCUCGGACUCUUGCAACAACAAAAGUGAGAGAUCCGAAUACUGAAUUUGAAGAAACUGGCUGUAUCAAGUCUCUGAAUGAAGCUGCACAAGAAUUCAACGUUAAACUUAGUGAUCUUUGUGAAGAAUUGAGACAUGAAAUGAAGGAUGCUACUAUUGUGUAUGUGGAUAUUUACACCAUUAAGUACAACCUCAUCUCCAACUCUGCCAUCUACGGGUUUGAGAAUCCAUUAAUGGCAUGUUGCGGAGGUGGUGGUGCACCAUACAAUGCCAACAUAUCGUGUGGACAGAGUGGGUUUAGCGUAUGCAAGGAUGGGUCGAAAUAUAUAAGCUGGGACGGAGUGCAUUACACGGAGGAUGCAAAUGCAAUGGUGGCUGCCAGUGUUCUAUCUACAAAUUAUUCAACUCCUCCAUUCAACUUUGACUACUUUUGUUCCACUAAUUCCUAAUUGCGCUAUCAGAUCAGAUCAGCUCCCACACCGUACAACUGCACUUCAAGAUUUGUGUUGUUCUGAAAUAAUCGCAAUGGUUAAUUAGUUGGAUGUGUAAUCAAAGUUUGAGAUGUCUCAAUGGGGAAUAUAAUUAUUUGCAUUUAA